CCGACGCCGGCCACUACCCGGUCAAAAUCCUCACCGCUGGGUUCACUUGGUCGCGCGACACUUGAAUAAUUACACCACCCGCACCUGGUCUAUUCAACAGUAUUUACUCCACAGUCACCGUGGUCAGAUAAGCCCGCAAUAGCUCGGCUCACACACACCCAACGCUGUUUCUUACCUUCUACUCAAACCAAAAGAGCUUUCGUCAACACUACGACCAUGGCGCCCACACCCAGCAUGCCAUAUAAUCCCGCUGAUUACGUCGUUUCUGAAGCAUUAAUUCCUGAGGAAUUUUUCGGUUAUGCCGAUAUAGAAGCUUUAGUGAAGAUUCACGAGGUUCUAUGCAAUAGCGAAACACAGGAUGACGUUGAGCUCGCCACAUGGAUACGGGAGAAUUAUCUCAGCGCCCCCAGAAACGCUUCGGGAACAAAAGUGAUGCGUACGGCACAAGAAUUCGGCAGACUGGACAGGGCUUACCGCAGGGUACGGUCUCUCAGUGGAAAAACCCAGGACAAAUGGCCAAUUCUCGACAUACAUUUCAAGGAAAUGUCAUCAGCUAUGGUUCGGAAUAACGCGCGCGGUGAAGCCGCUCCCGGAGUCAUGUUCCCAAUUGACGGAUUGCAGAAGAAAGCUUGUCUGGCUGGGCAGCCGCCCAACGGGUUUGUCAGACCUGAUGCUUCCGCGGGACCAGAGAUCCAGGUGCCAUCUGGUACAACCAAGCAUAGCCGGUACCAACCAUACGUGCAGACUUACCCACAUCUAACACGGCAGACUCCUGUACCACUUUCAACCAACGUUCCUUCCAAAUCGUCUGGCGAGCGGAGUUCUGAGAACGAGUUCGCACCGCCAGAGCAGCCUCAGCUUUCUACAGCCUCUUCACAGAGUAUUCCGCAGCAUACAGAUAUCUCGUCAGGAUCGGACGGCCAGGCAAUGUCUCAGUCCGAGCAACCUGCAUCGGUGCUGCCUCAAUCCGUGGAAGCUCUUGGCCAAACUUUGUCGAACGACAAAAGUGACGCCCCUCCAUCAAGGCCCGUGGGCGGUACCAUGUCGCGCCGCACCAGCUCCAAUCUCGGUGGUGAUUUGCAAGCAGAGCCGGCAGUACGAGAUGCGGGCGCGGGUAAGGUCCGCGGCCCAAAUGGGCGCUACCUACCCAAGGAUGAUAUCGAGCCCGAGACCAAAAAAGCUAAGAAGUCAAAGAAGGUAGUCAAGCCCCGUAUGGGCUUGAGAAAUAUGAAGAAACGCGAAUCACCUGCACCAGAUACAAUCGGCAAAAACCCCGAGACUCCGCGAGCCGAAGAUGGAGAUCUGAUGGUAGAUGUCCAGUCGCCUUCGCCUCCAGUGUCUGGCCAUGAUGUUGAGGAGAUGAAUGGAGUGGAAGAUGUCACACCUGUCACCACAGCUUCUAACAUCGUCGUACCAUCCACAACUAAUCUAGCUACAUCCCCCACAGUCGUAAGUGAGCGAGAGGCUGAGAUGGAGGAGGAAGUAGCGUCUGGCUCGGGAUCUACCCCUGCGUAUCUUCUUGCAGCCGCGGCUGAUCCAAUACCGUCAAAUCUGGACAAGCUACCUCCCAACUCUAGGAUAUCCAUCAAAAGAAAGAGUGAGCCAACUGUCACGUCUGGAGACCGUAAGCGGGGUAAACACGGUGGGAUAGUCGGCCGCCCGAGGAAGUCCGAACAGCACGGAAGCCACUCAUCAGAUCAAGAGCCAUUUCAACAACAAGAUGAGCACAUCACAGAGACAGAAGAUCCGCCUCAGAUGGUAACACGUCGAACCACGCGACGCUCCGCGGCAGCAAAUCUGGAUGCUUCCGAGAUCAGUAAGCCAGAUGCGACGUCAACGGCAAGACUGCCUAUCAAGGCCUCAGUCGAACAGCCGGUCUCAACCUCGAAGAAGCCAUCAAAAUCAAAACUAACCCUAAAAAGAUCAUCCGCUCCUGACGAAGACGAGUUAAUGAGUGGGGUUGAAGACCAUGCUGCGGCUAGCCGUGAGGAGACUCUUAAGCCUACUACCAACGUUAGCGAAGCGAGCACUACGCCUUCAUACGCUUUGGGAAGCAUUACACCCUCGCAGCUUCCGGAUAAUCACUUCUUGAGCAUCGGUAUCAGCAGGACCAGCUCCCCCGCCUUUCAUCCUCAGCCGUCUUCGCACCAGCCCUAUCAAUCACCUUACCAAGCGGUGCCACCAACGCCACCACCUACAGUUGUUGCAAAAAAGACCAUCAUCAACGGCAUAACCUACACUUACCCGCCAGGUCACGUGGAAUAUUUCGCUCGCAUCACUACAGGCAACGGCAGCACAAUGGACUUACCGAUCGAAGAAGACCAAAUCGAGAGCAAAGAGAUUGAGAUGAUCAAGAAAUAUGCCGAUUAUAACGCCGCACUCGACGCGGUACCAGUAUUGUAUAAUCAUUUCCGGAACAUAUUCGCUUUUGCGAAACAGGAUUAAGACGGAGGAGGGACACUAUGGAAGUCUUCAGGCUGUACUGAACGUGGUGACUGUAUGGAUAGAAUAGGCAUGGAACAAUUACAACAACAAUGAUCAUCACCGGUUCUCAUGACAUC